CCCUAAAACCAAUGCCGCCGAUGGCAACACCCGCCCUACCGGGGGCUCGCCGACGCGGCCUCAUCUUCUGGAUCAUGGCCAUCAUACUAACCCUAAUCUUCCUCGGAGGCCUAGUCGUUCUGGUUGCCUGGCUCACAAUCAAGCCCAAGCGACUCGAUUACGUUAUCCUCGACGCGUCGGUCCAAAAAUAUAACCUCACCAACGAUAACCAUCUCUCGGCCACAUUCCAGUUCACCAUCCAAUCCCAUAACCCUAACCACAAAAUCUCGAUCUACUACGAAUCCCUCGAACUCUUCGUGAAAUUCAACGACCAUACGCUGUCUUUCGACACCAUCGAGCCGUUCCACCAGCCGAGGAAGAACGUGACGAAGAUGGAGGAUUCGGUCGUGGCGAAAAACGUGGCGAUCUCGCGGUCGGAUGCUCGAGAUUUGAGGGCUCAGACCAAGUUGGGGAGAAUAGAUGUGGAUGUGUACGUCAGGGCAAGGGUCCGGUUCAAUGUCGGGAUAUGGAAGUCAUCGCAUCGUACGGCUAAGAUCGAAUGUUCACCUGUUACGGUGAGCUUGUCGAAUGCCAAAUCCCGAAUAACUUAUUGCAAUACCAGUCUUUGAUUAUAGUCAGUUUGUAUACUUGUGUUCUUGCGUGUUUUUCUUUUUUUGUAAUAAGAUUUCAAUUGUACUGAAACCAUUUUGAUUGUUUU